AUAAUGUUGUCAAAACGUUCCAAAGCGUUGAUAAGCGCUUUCGUUUUGACGCUCUAUUAUGCGGGCGUGUCUGGGCAUGAGAAGGAUGGCAAAGAUUUUGUGACAAUGGGCUUAAAGAGGAGUAGCAGCAGCAACAGCCGCAGUAGCAUUAACACUAGGCGUAUCAAAUCAAAUUCACAGCGUCCAGGUGGCAUGUCUUUCGAGGGCAUCGGUUUGCGCUAUACACUGAGAUAUCAACCAGGUUUCAAGCAGAACAAAUUGGCCCAACAACAGGAGGCAAGCGAGACACCGGCACCGCAACCACCACCACCACCAGCAGUAGAAAUGACAGAGAUGCCCAUGGAAAUGCCAACGCCAGAGCCCGCACCCAUGGAACCGCCCACCACAGAGCCCGAUGAACCUGAACCAGAAAUACCAACACGACCAACUUCAUCAUCGACAGAGUCACCGGGAGAGACACCAGAUAUGUCGCCUUCACCGCCUUCAGCUACCGAUAUGAUGAUGCCCAUGCCAGGCAGCACUGAAGAAAUAAAACCUACCAUGAAACCUACACAGCGCCCCCCUAAUCCAAUGCCUCCUAGACCUUCGAGUACUCGCAUUGUGCUCGUGAACCCUUUGAAACAACUCAUCUUUGGUUCACCCGUUGAGGCCAAUCUAAUACUGAAACAACCAACGGCUCCCAAGUCAAAGGGCAAAGGGUUCCUAAGUCUCUUUGAGGUAAUAAAAUUCCCUAAUAGCAAAUGCAGUGUAUCCCUGGGCGAUAUACGCACCAUGGAGGGGGUCUGCUAUCAUGAGUUCGAGUGCAAAAGUUUGGGUGGAAUACCAACCGAAAGUUGUGCCGAAGGUGUUGGUGUUUGUUGCAUCUUUGUCAAUGGUUGUGGUUAUACAACUAGCCAGCAGAUUGUCUACUUUGAGAGUCCCAACUAUCCCAAUGCAGUGCGUGAGAUGAUGAUUUGUGUGCUGAUUAUCAAUGUGCGAAAAGGUUUAAAGCAAUUAAGAUUGGAUUUUCAAAUGUUCGAGUUAAGUCGUCCCACAAAUGGUGAUUGCUUGGAUGAUCAGUUUAUCGUAUCGGGACACAAUACAAAUUUCCAAAUACCCAUUCUCUGUGGCAUUAACACUGGCCAGCAUAUCUAUAUUCAUGUUGGUGACUCGACGGAAAGUAAAGUUUAUCUAUCGGUUUUUGUCAAAGUCUCAAGUGGAGCGAGAUCAUUCAAUAUCAAAGUCAGUCAAUUGGAAACCGAUGAUCCGAUGGCCCCGGACAAUUGUCUACAAUAUUUCACUGAUGGCGAGGGCAUAGUCAAAUCCUUUAAUUACGAUACUGAUGGCUCAAUCGUUGAUAAUCGAGAGGCAACCUAUUUUAACAAUCUAAACUAUGCCAUGUGUUGGGCACGCUCGAAAAAUGUUUGCAGUGUAAGCUUUAAUACUGAACAAUUGGGUGGCGAUCAACCAGAUUUUCAAAUUAUCAACAAGGAUGAGGGUGAGAACGAUUUGGUGGCCGAUGGCCAGGCUGGUGCUGGCAUCUUCAAUUGCCCAGAUGAUUUUAUAGCCAUCAAUUCGGUUCGGUUGUGUGGAGAGCGUUUCAAUGAUGGCCUAGAGAAUGACGAUUUCACCAUGCACUCGCAGGUUCGGGAUAUUGCCGCCGGACCCAUUGUCUUGCCCUUUCGCACCGAUUCGGAAUAUGUGGGUCGCGGUUUUCGUUUGCUCUACAGACAGGAAUUGUGUGUCUGAGCAAAAGGUUCCUAUAUAGCGGUUGUUUGCAUUAAAAAACACAAAAUUUGAAUAUGUUA